AUUCGCACACAGUCGCAUCCUCGCAGCCCGCCCUCCCCUCCUGUUCCUCUCCGCUUGGAAAGAUGGCUGCUCCGGUGGUGGUGAGUAGCUCCGGCCCGGCGCUCUGCCCGAGCUUCGCGGAGGUUUGUUCGUUCUUGGAGCGGUACGGAGCGGUGCUGGACCUUCCCGAAAUGACUUUUCCGCAGAUGGAGAGGUAUCUGCGGGACACAACGACAGGUGAGAGCUCGGUGUUUAUGGUGGCAGUGGGGCGAAGAAGUGGUGGAAAGCUGCGACACUUGAAACCGAAGGAGAAGGGGGUCCACCACUACCACCAUCAACACCAUCAUCCUCAUCCUCACCAUCAUCAUCAUCAUCACCACAGUGAGGAUGAGGAGGAUGAGGAAUACUGUGAGACUCAGCGUUGUAGCUUCUUCUUCUUCUUCACGCUGAGAGUUCAGUCCGUUUUACUUCCAGUUGUUGUUUCCGACCGUGACUUGUACCUGAAAGGGAACAUUAGGAGAGGAGGACGUGAAUGGUGACAGCGUGAACUCGCUCAGAGAGGGUUUUUUCUAACUCUUUAGGUUGUGUUGUUUGUGUGUUUGUACUUAAGUUAAAGGUAGUAAACCAGGGGCGCAUCCGGCGGGGUGGCCGAGGAGGCAUGGAGCCUUUUGAGAUCUGAUUGGCCACCCCAUGUGUCAUUUCAAAAUUCUGAACUAUUAUUGGAUACCUGCUUUAUCAGGGGUUGGCUCUAUGUUGUAAUCUACCUUCAAAACUGCUACAACAGGCCACUAUCUACUGUCUCUGAAUUUAAACAGUGAAUUUUCUUUUACUCACACUUUUAAAAUGUGACAAAAAAAAUAUUUCCAUUAGACAAGUGAGAGAAAAGCAAGGACUCUGUAUGUAAUUUAUUUAUGGGUAAUAUCUGAGUACUGUUAGACAUAAAGGUAGGAAGAUGAACGGGCUGUGCGACCAAUUCACUAGCAUUUGCGACAAAAAAUCAAUGUUAAAUUGAAAAAUGUAUUUAGGGUCACAUGUACGCAUAAAAAAAAUAUCCGAGGCAAAAUCAUGUAAAUACACGGUGAAGUUAGUUUUAGGUUGGAUAUAUUCUCCUGUAAAUACGGCCGUGAAGUUAGUUUUAGGUUGGAUAUAUUUUCCUGUAAAUACGGCGGUGAAGUUAGUUUUAGGUUGGAUAUAUUUUCCUGUAAAUACGGCGGUGAAGUUAGUUUUCGGUUGGUUAUCUGACGGAUAUUCUCUGAGGAUCUACCGCUGUCUUCUCACUCUCCAUAACCGGGAAUAACAACAGCAGCGCGGUUAAAUGUACUCGACACCCUCACUGUCAACGUCGGUGUUGAAUAAGGGACCGUCAAUAAAUUACUGGUUGAUGUUCUCAGAAAAGGCUGUUUUCCUCAUGUGACCAAAAGACCUAAAAUUGAUUUCUCAUAAUAAUACUUUUAUCCACCAAUAAGACAAACAUUACUUGAUCAAUUUUCAUUGUUCCCCUGAAGUUCUUUGUGUGCUCCUUACUUUUUCCCUUUAGGAGAACAUGUGAACAAAGUAAGUGUCAAGUUUGCGUCGUAAGAUCGGACCUGUGUAGAUAUUAUGUAGUAGAGACUACAUCUGACUCAACCUGAGGUGUUAACAGCUGUAGUUAUGAUUAGUGAAACUGUAUUAUUUCUCUUUAUGGCCCCCCUGCUGAAGUCAGUACCACAGCUGAGCCACCCCUGCCUGAAAAGUCUGGACACGCCCCUGUAGCAGACAAAAACGGGUCUAAAAUCCGUCCAUCCUGCCCGUGGGUCUUAGUUAGAGUCAAGUGACAUGUUGUCGAUAAUGUUGUCAAGGCUGAUAUUGAUCUGUUAACGUGAAACUUGAGUGUGGUAGCCAUGAUGCAGCACAGCCUGGUGACCACACACUGCUAACCCAGCUAGCUCCCCGAGUCUUGUCAGGUGUAAUUUUUCACCGGCCUUUGCCUCGUACACACUCGGAAUGGUUCCUUUCGUUUGGUGUUGAACAUUUGCGAGUGACAGUGCAAUUUCCUGCCGUCAAUCUCCUUUUUGACACGGUUUUAAAGACGUGAACGGCUGAUGUUUGCUAAAAACAGAGGAUGUUAUUUAUUUGCCAUUGGUAGAGAGGCUGUCAAAGCCGCGCAGGCGCAGUAGGAGCUGCUGCUGCUGCUGGCUAACGAGUUAGCAUCAAGUGUACUGUAAACUUCUUUUAGCGAAUCAAAAGAAGCUUUACGGUGUAUUUACCGUAUUGUUUUGGAUGUAAAUGAUAUUUGGGAGUCACAUCUGUCGUGUCAGCAGCUUUUCACAUCAUUUCUGAUUGACUUUUCUCCAAGUUACGAGCUAGUGUCUGAUAACCGUUAUUUCUGUUGCUCUAAGUUCACCUAAACUGUACACAGUUAGACUUUACAUCGAUUAUCAUUAAAACCAGGGGUAGUAUUUCCCCGACAUCUCAUUAUGUGAAGUAAUUUGUUGUGUUUUUCCCUCGUCGCAGUUCUGGGUUCGUGUUCAUGAUGUGAAAUGGAAAAUAAUUGAUAUGACCAGAAGAGAAAACUGGAAUUUCCGAUGACUUUCUGCUCCUCUGAACAUUCUCACAUCAGAUAACACUGAAACAUCUCUGUCUGUCUGUGUUUCCCCCAGUCACUGUCUGAGAUUUUAUUAUUAGUCAUAAGUUAUCAACAGUUGAAACAACACCACAACAGUCAUCAGAUGUUCUGACAACAGAAUACAAUACAUUCAUGUAAAAAAGUAUAUAAAAAGUAUAAUAAAAGGUAAAGAGAGGAUUACUGUGUCUCUGCUUUCCUUCUUUAGACAAAUUUUAGUGUAUAAAAGGCCAAAUGUUUUGUUUAAUCAGUUGCUGGUCAGUUGUAAUUAUCAUACUUUCAACAUCAAAUGGUUGUUUCACACUUUCACUCACCAACACUAACUCUGGACAGCGUAUUUUCAGAGGUAUGAAAACAUGACAGUCUUCCUUCUGUCAUUACAAGGUUAACAUGUGUUUAAAAAGAAGGUAUACUAAUAUCUAAAGACCCAGACUCACUGAAAUAAGAAACAGAACACCUAGACUAGACUGUGACAACAUACAAUACAUGACAAUGAGAUUUUUGAUUUCUAUUACACUUAUCUUGGCCUUUAUUGGUGUUUGUUGUGAUUGGAAAUGUAACGUCAUCAUAAUUUUUGUUUUAGUUCUGAUUUUAACAUCUUGUAUAAUUCUCCUGUUUGGACUUUUAUUAUUUUAAUAUGUACGGAUGUUUACUGUCUUUGUGUGGACUCCAGGAAGAGUAGCUGCUACUUAGGUAGUCGCUAAUUGGGAUCCAAAUAAAUAAUUAAAACAACUACAUGUAGAUAUCUGAAGUGUAAAUUAUUCCCCCCUCCUUUAAACAGAGGACUGGUACAUCACUGUCAGGUGUCUGAAAGCAGCAACACUCUGCCUUCAAAGUUCUACAAAAGAGCAAAAUGGCAGGAAAAACUUCGACUUUAGAGUUUGAGUGAAUUAUAGACUUUUAAAGCUGAACUCUGAUGUGUUUCCAAUAAUCGUGUGUCUUUUUUUUCUCAGUUCCCCAACCACUCGUGGAGCUCCAUGUAAAACUGCUCAGAAAACUGGGGAGGUCUGUGACGACAGACCGCUGGGAGAAAUACCUUGCGAAGGUAAGGGUCUCUGUAAAUCGACAUGCCUGUGUUUGUGUUUUAAACAUUCAGCCAUCAGUGAAACAUGAUUUCUCUGAAUGGAGAGUUAACUUACCCAUUUUAUCUGUCUCAUUACCAGACUGGGUGUAAAGUAUAGUCAGUUAAAUAAUGAAGAAUAAGACCAGUUGUGAGUAGUUGGGACUACGGUAUCUUCAGGGAAGGUUAAAAAUGAUCUUUGAGUGAGUCUCACAGUAAGGCUGCACGAUAUUGGAAAAAACUAAUAUUGCGAUUUUUUUCAACCCUGCGAUAUAUAUUGCGAUAUUAAAAAUACAGGAAUUUUCACCAGAUGACCUGAAUAGCAUUUAAUGUUAUGCUGCACUGCUGAAAUCUCGAGGACAGUUAAUCUGCACUGAUCUUACCUCUUUUUGUGAAUGUUAGUAGAACGGCUUCUGUCUGUCUCAGAGAUAUUUUCAGCUUUUAUUGUGCUGGGACGUUAUUGUGGAAACAGAUGAACACAGAAGACGUGUUUUGGUCGACAUCAUCCUUCUUUUAACCGUAAUAAUUCCAGAUAACUGACAACGAAUCUUCAUUUUCGGUGGUUUUCGCUUGUUCGUUGCUCAUUUUGCGAUCGUUGUUGUUGUUGUUAGCGGUGUUGUGCCAAGAAACGCAUGUCCACCGAGAAUUGCAUGCACCUCGCAAAACGCGCACCGCUUAUAGUAGAGUGGUCCACGGAAAUAUACAUUUUAAAACCCAUACAGUUCUUAUUUGUUGGGCUUAAUAGUCAUGAGUAAAGUUCCCGAGGUAAUUCUCAGCGGACACGCGUCUCACUCCAUGUGCAGAACAUGUGCAGGGGUGGGUUUCCUCCGCCCUGAUUUUGAUUGACAGCUGGCAGGGUAGUCUGAUUGGCAACUGAGAAGUGAGUCUGAUUGGCAACUGAGUAAAGGACGAAGGUGAUUGGUGGAUCGCUGCACAGCACAUGCAGAGUCACAUGGAGUGUAUCUCAGUCAGUUACCCUUGAAAUUAAAUGAGUUCAUUCACCUCCAAUAUCGCAGGCUCUGCGAUGUGACUAUCGCACACACGUACAUCGCGAUGACGAUAUUCAAACGAUAUAUCGUGCAGACCUAUCUCACAGGUGAAGGUAUUCCACAUGAAGCAGCCUGGUUAUACAGAUUUAUGACAAAGAUGAAGCACACUGAUGUUGAUGUGAUCUAAUUGUGUUCUUGUUCAAAAUUCUGAUCAUUUAUAUAAAAAUAGUUUGCAGGACUUAGUUGUUGUUGAUGCUUUUGUGUAGUUUUCAUUUCCUCUUAUUUUCCUCGUAUCACAAAAGUCUCACUGUACAGAAAACUCUGAUGUCGGGGUGUUUAAGGGAAUGUCAUUUCUCAGACUUGAAAGUGCGUCUGUUGUGGUGAACACACGCAGAGACAGUGAAAGGAGAGGUAUUUCAGAACUAAACUUGGUAUCUGGACUGAUGAUGUUUGAUCUUUGUCUUUAAAGGUUUGCCAAGAACUGAACAACACCUGGGCGUGGGAGCUGGAACAGAAAGGAUACCAGGAGAUGUCCAUGGAGUGCAAAUCAAGUAUCCUCAAAGUGAGACGAGCCGUGGUACUUAGUGGACGCAGCAUCUUCUGUAAAUGCAACAUCUACAUCAACCCUCUCUCUCUUUUUCCUCUCCACCUCCUCUGCAGUAUCUCUGUGAGUGUCAGUUUGAUGAAAACCUGAAGUUCAAAAUGGUGAUCAACGAGGAGGACCCGGAGAGGAUGCGUCUACAGCCGAUUGGACGAGACCAACAGGGCCUGAUGUACUGGCUUCAGCUGGACCAGGAGCAGAACAUCCGUCUGUACACGGAGGAGCAGGACGAUCUGGACGGAUCCACCUGGAAGUGCAUUGUCAGGUAGUCCUGUAGUCUAGUUCUGGUCCACAUUUCUCCUGUUGACUCUCUCAGUUUUAGUUUGAUCUUGACGUUAUUUUCUUUGAACACCUCGGAGGCUGAAGUAGCUUUUGAUUUUGUCUUUCCUGCUAACUAACCGACUCCACACUGACCUCUCAGGACCCGAAAUGACCUCGCUGAUGCUCUGGAGCUUCUGAAGGCCCAGCUUGGUCCAAACCGGGAUCCAGACCAGGAUCAGGAUCAGAACCAGGCUGGAACCAGAAGCACCAGCCCCACAGAAAAAGAUGCAGGUAUGUUGGUCAGUGUCUAAACCUUGUAUAGAAUCACAGAGUUUAAAUCAUGAACGUCGGCUCCAACAGAGUCCAGUAUCACAUAUGAGGGACAUGCACACAUAUACAUCACAUAGAUGCAGUGAAAAGACAUUUUCUGGACUAGAGGACAUCUGAAAUGUACAGCUGCCAUUUUGGAAAAGAGAGAUAGUCUAAAAACAUGUUUUAAACCCCGACACUCAGAAGGGUUCAGGACUGUUUGUGAAGGAUUGUGAACUUUUGUUCUGACCUCUUAGGUGAUGAGGCUGUGGAGGAUCCCCAGAACCCCAAACCCUGCAGGAGCACAGAAGAAGAAGAAGAAGAACACACUGGUAGUAAAAAGGACGAUGCUGUAAACGAAGAGAAACCUCCAAAACAAGGUAGAUCACAUCCACAUGUUUGUAGAUGUUUCAGACGGACCACCUUAAAGGUUUUUGGGAGAAAUCUUGAAUGUAAACUCUACCCCUCCCAACCAGUUUUCCCCUCAGCUCCUCCUCUCCCUCUCUUAAGCCCCGCCCACAAACAGACGCUCCUGCUCGCUCGUAUCGUUCCAAUUAAAUUCAGAUAUAAUGCAGAUAAAUCCUUCAGAUCAUUACAAAUGGGGCCCAGUCAAGGUGAAAGUCAAAAGCAUUGGUGCUACUGUAGAUGCCAACAGACUACCAGCAAACACAAUGUUUGCAGGACUUCUACAACGAGGAUAAAGUGACAUAGUCCAGGACCCGAGGGAGGACAGUUUAGCGAUGGCGCUACAACACGCUACAGCAGGUCCGUUUGACAAGAAACACUUCUGUUACAGACACUUGUCUUACUUUGUUAAAGCGGUUUACCUGUCCAGCAGAAAGGUUACAGGGUCACCAAGAUCCCCAAGCGUCCCCCAUGGUUUAUGUUGACCCGGCUUUUUAGCUCUUGUCCGGUCUACCUCCGUUUUAAGCGCCCGUUAUUCCUCCAGAGUCUCCGGUAUUUACUUUGUUUUCUUGCUUGUGUCGGCAGUCGUGGCCAAAGGAGGAUUCAGACAACUUUCCGAACUUUCUGGUUGGUUUCUACUGUCCGAUAUUGUAGCACGCUAACUUUGUUUGGGCUCCUGAACGACACGGGGGAACAGCGUCUGCCUCACAACCAAUCAGGUUAGAGGAGGUGGAGAACGGCUUUGUUUACAGUCAGAAAGAGCGGACCGCUCAAAAAUGUUCAAAUGUUGACGACACAGACAUAAGAGAACACAGAGAUAUCGAUAUAUUACCAAAUAAUCAAUAACUAAUAACUAUUGACUGAUAUUAGAAGAUUUUUGUUUAUAUAAUCACAAAAUAAAAAGAUGAUUCUUUAACAGGUUCCUGUUUUCUCCACCUUUAAUAACCGAUAACCACGUUUUAUUCUCUGAUCAUUUCCACUAAAACUCUCCUGUCCCCUCCCGGUCUGCCUGCAGAUCUCCGUCAGAGUAAAGUUCUGUUUUCUUUGCAGAGAUGAAACAGGAGUCGGCUCGCUCCAUAAAGCAGGAGAACACUGAGGUGAAAGACGACAAAGUCGACCACAAACCUCCUUUCUUCGAUAACCGCGUGAGCACCAUCACCACCGUCAUCAAGUCAGAGUCCAGAGACGCUGAGAUGCCCAAAAACGCCGUCUCUGUGGUCAUCACGCCGCUGACCAAACAGGAAAUCAACAAGGAGGAGGAGCGGGCCGGGGUCAGGAGCAGCCAGCAGGCCAAGAUACCGCUGAAGAAGAGGGAGCUGAAGCUAGCGGAGAGUUUCCAUAGCAACCACCUCAACAACAGCAACAGUAGUAGUAUUAUAGUCUGUAACCCCUCAGUGAUUCAGACCAAAGACAGUCAGGGCAGAGAGGGGAAACUACACAACUCAUUAGUGCCCCCUAGAGGUCCAGCUGCCUCACAACAGCAACAAGGGGGUUCUGAAUCCAGACCAGAACUGACCAACGGCAGAACCACGGUCCUCCUGCCACACAAGGAGGGACAGAACGGAGCCGUAGGGGUCAUAGGUCAAGUUGUAGGUCAUGUAGGAGUAAUCCGCAGCCCAUCAGAACUUCACAGAGCGCCAAGUUCUGCUGAGCAACAGGAACCAAACGGGCCAAACGUGGACCAGCAGGUCUUCAGAGCUCCAGAGGAGGAGAGGGAGGCGGGCCGGCAGUCCGUGCUGAGGAAGGGGCCUGUGGAGGGGGAGACGGCGGCCUUCAGCGGUCCUCCUCCUCCUCCUCCUCCUCAUGUGGAGGUCCAAACAGCAACAAAGCCAGCAGUACCAUCCCAAACAUCUGAUCCACUACCUGGAACUCUGGAGGAAAACCUGGAUCCAGUUUGUGUUUCCUCACUUUCUCAGUCCACAGAGGAACUCCGAAAACCGACAGAAGGAGGAAAGGAUCCGAAAGUGGCGGAGGAGCGGGUGGAGAUGAAAACAGAGCGAACGCAGGAAGGUGACGACGGCGGCGGCGUGGACGAGAAGGACAGCAGAGCGAGAGAGGAGAACAUCCCAGCUGACCAGGAAACCAAGAGAAGCACUUUAGCCGAACCAGAGGGCGCCGUCUCUCCUCUAAAACUAGACCACCAGGACAAGAAGGACCACCAGGAAGAAGAACCGGUCAAUGGUGGGGCGAUCGCCUCAGUCAAGGUGAAGGACGCUGAGCCGGUUUCAGAGCAGAGGAAGGGUCCCCUGGAGGAGGCCUCCUCUGAGCUCCAGAAAGAAGGAAUCCGCUUAAAGAUCAAGAUUCCUCCUCACCGCAGAAACAAGUUAAAGGGAAAAGGAGGAGCGAAGGAGGGCCAGAAGGAGAAGGAGCAGAAGGAGAAGGAGGAGGAGGGGAGAGCGCUGAGGAGGUCGGCCCGCAUCUGCAGGUAAAAACACAAUAACAUUCCUGAAACCAUCCUGGUCCACUCUGAUCUGAAGUCCACCUGCUCUGGUUCUGACAUUAAAUUCAGACCCGUCUACCUUUUUCCUUUAAGAUCAUCUGCUUUGCCAAACUGCAGGCCGAGCCCCAAGGCGGCUGAGAGCCCCCGAAAGAAACCGCAGAGAAAAAAGGCAAAGCCCACCAGAGCGAGGGGUGAGGAGGAGGAGGAGGGGGAGGAAGGAGAGGACGAUGAUGAAGAGGACAGGAGCCUGUCCGCUCCAAAGGACCCCAAAACUGAACCUGUCAGUCCGAUCAGGAAACAGCGGGUAAACGAGCGACUGUGAGGACCAGAACAGGUUUUCUUUCUCUGUCUGUCUCUGAGGUUCACGCUCUCUGUGUCUGCCGUGGGUUUUCAGGGGAAACGGAGACAUCGGCGCCCCAGGUGGUCCAACAUUCGUUUGAAGAGACGCAAACUCAACGAGGAAGGGGAGGAGAGAGGGAGGAAACGAGGGGAGGACGAGAGCGAAGGAGGGAGUGACUCAGGGGAGUCCUGUAAAUCUGAGAAGAUCCCAGUAGAAGACGCCUGCAGUCACUGCGGUCUGCCCAACCACCCCGAACUGGUGAGAGAGAGAGAGAGGGGGAGAGGGGGAGAGAGAGAGAGAGAUUAAAAUAUAAACAACAAAGUCUGUUUCCUCUGCUCAGAUCAGUGUUUGUUUCAUGAUAAAUGUAGAAAAUACAGCAGAGCCUCAAAAACCAGGAGCUGCAGCAGGAGACAAAGAAACACGAACCGAGUAUUAAAAAGUCUGAAUAUUAAAAAGUCUGAAUAUUAAAAAGUCUGAAUAUUAAAAAGUCUGAAUAUUAAAAAGUCUGAAUAUUAAAAAGUCCUGAAUAUUAAAAAGUCUGAAUAUUAAAAAGUCUGAAUAUUAAAAAGUCUGAAUAUUAAAAAGUCUGAGUAUUAAAAAGUCCUGAAUAUUAAAAAGUCUGAAUAUUAAAAAGUCCUGAAUAUUAAAAAGUCUGAAUAUUAAAAAGUCUGAAUAUUAAAAAGUCUGAAUAUUAAAAAGUCUGAAUAUUAAAAAGUCUGAAUAUUAAAAAGUCUGAAUAUUAAAAAGUCUGAAUAUUAAAAAGUCCUGAGUAUUAAAAAGUCUGAAUAUUAAAAAGUCUGAGUAUUAAAAAGUCCUGAAUAUUAAAAAGUCUGAAUAUUAAAAAGUCUGAGUAUUAAAAAGUCUGAAUAUUAAAAAGUCUGAAUAUUAAAAAGUCCUGAGUAUUAAAAAGUCUGAAUAUUAAAAAGUCUGAAUAUUAAAAAGUCCUGAAUAUUAAAAAGUCUGAAUAUUAAAAAGUCUGAGUAUUAAAAAGUCUGAAUAUUAAAAAGUCUGAAU